AUGUCAGCUUUUGUUUGUAAAAGUGAUGCCCGUGGACGACACAACUUCGAGCUCUUGAAGAAACUUGUGUUGCCUGAUGGGUCCUUUCUCCGUGCUCGUUUGCCUGGACGGCCUACUCGCGAUUUCUUGUUUACAGAUCCGGCUCGUGAUGGUGUUAGCUUGUUGAAGAUAUGGAACAUGAACAAGUACGCUGGAGUCCUCGGUGUUUACAACUGCCAAGGUGCAGCCUGGAACAGAGCUGCAAGGAAGAACAUUUUCCACCAAACAAAUACGGACUCCAUAUCAGGCAAUGUGAAGGGUUGUGACGUCCAUCUCAUUUCCGAGGCCUUGUUGGACCCUGAAUGGCCCAGUGACUGUGUAGUAUACUCCCACCGGACCGGUGAACUAAUCACCCUUCCAUACGAUGCAUCCAUGCCGGUUUCCCUCAAGGUCCUCGAGAAUGAAAUCUUCACACUAACACCUAUCAAGCACUUGGCACCAGGGUUCAGUUUUGCACCAUCGGCAUGUGAAAGCAGUGGUCUUGUUCAUGCGCGGAUGGAGAAUUCUAGCAACGAAUUGGUAGGAAUUUGCAUGGAGAUCAAAGGUUGUGGAAACUUUGGUGCUUAUUCAUCAGCCAAGCCGAGAAAGUGCACCGUCGGAUCUAGUAAAGUCGAGUUCGAUUACGAUUCUUCCCCUGGAUUGCUGAAGUUCGAUCUGGGAAGAAUGCCGGAGAAAGGGCAGAAGGACCAUGUUGUUAAGUUGAGUUAUGAGUUAAAUGUAGCAGAGUAG